AUGCGUCGGAGUUGUGCUCUGCUGAACGCCACGUGGCGCGAGCAUGGUAUCAGUUACCUAAAAUACCUUAACGUCUGCACGGAGACCGUCCACAGCGCAGUAAAGGAGAGCCGCCGUGCCAAGUACGAGCGCUUCUCUAAGCCAGGCUACGUGGCGCAGAGGCCGGAUGGCGCUGGUGGAAACGAGACCAUCAAUAAGGUCCCCUCACAGACAACGGAUUAUUAG